AUGUCUCCCCUGGCGUCCAUGGCGGCGGACUUGGUUGAGCUAAUCGGCUGGCGGGUGCUGGCCGCCGGAGACCUGCUCGACUACAUCCGCUUCCGUGCAGUGUGCGCGCACUCCUGGUCCAGCACUAUCCACCCGCGCGGCCAUGGCAUCACCGACUCGCGCUUUCAUCCGCGUCGCUGGAUGAUGCUGCCGGACGGCCACAGGCUUCACCUUGAAGACGGCAGGAAACGUUUCCUCAACCUCGACACCGGAGUAUUUGUGCGUCCUCGACUUCCUCUUCUGGACGACCACUGCUUCCUCUGCUCGGUCGAAGGCCUCCUCCUCAUGCAGCGGCAACACGGCGACCAAGACGAAGACCCUAUAUGCCUCCUUCACCCCUUCACGGGAGACACCGCAAUGGAUCAACGGCCCGCUUGA